UUGUUGUCGACGCGCGUGCAACAGUCGGGGAAAACUCGGGAGGCGCUGCUGGUCGCGGGGCUUGCGGAGCUGUCAUGGAGCCACGAAAGAGAAGCGACCGUCGUCCCCAGUCGCUGUUUCUCAGCUGCCUGGCUUUCGCCCUGUGUGUUCACUUGAGGACGGUUUCAGCUGGAGAAUGCCCAGCUGAUGGACGCACUUGGGUUCCCUUUGGAGACAGAUGUUACCACUUUGUCCAUGGAGAAGAAGACAAAAUUAAAAGCUACACAUUUGAAGCGGCACUUUCUCACUGCAUAGGAUUUGGCCUUUUGACGAUCCACACUGCUGAAGAAAAUGAUUUUGUCAUGAGAUACAGUCCUGAAGUGUGGAAAGGUGGCAAUGUCAACAUUUGGCUGGGAAUGAAGUACAACAUAGAUGAUGAUACCAUGAAGUGGUCAAACAACAGGUCUGUAACCUUCACCAACUGGGACUACAGCCCUUAUCCUGCUGACAUACCACGGGGGGAUAUCUGUGUGGCUCUGCACAGCAUCUCAGGAAGGUGGGAAAACGUGAGCUGCCAGGAUGACGUGGAGAACGGAGUGGUCUGUGAAACACCUCAGAAAGUGGAGCAGCCCAGACCCAAACCCAGUGCGACGGUCUCAGCUCUGGUCAUUCUCAGCGUGGUGGCCAUCGUGGGAGUCUCUGCUGUGAUUUGGUUUCUGCACCAGAAGCACAGCUUCGGUUCAACUAUGAUCACAGCGUUCGAGUACCACCCCCCGUUCCGAGUCCUGGAUUCAGACCAGUCUUGCCUGGUGGAGGCUGAGGAAACUGACACUGUUCCUUGAGAGAACGUUCUCCCUUAUAUCCAGAAUUACUGGCUGUGUGCUUUAUGCAACGACAUGUCCACUCUAAAAUCAGAUUAAGUAAUUUGGAUUAACAUGUCACUGAUUUGGACCCAGAACAAAGUGUUCUCAUUGGAAGAAUACUGGUGCCAAGCUACUAACCUUCUCACUCAGGAUAACAGAAUUAUCUGCUUUUUUAAUGAUCAGCACUAAUUCUAGUUAUAUUUUUUUAAACUGGUUCGUGUUAACCACAGAUCUUCGAAUCAGAUGUCUCUAAACAACAAAAUGCCUUGGUAUUUUUAGGAUUACAAAUUCUCUGUCAGUUGUAAGCUUACUUUUAUAUCUCCCCAGAAUUAGCAUUUCUACAAGAUGAACAACAUUUUACAAUUUUUCAUGUCUGUUUUUUCCAGCUAAUCUAUUUUUAGAGGGCUUUGCACAUUAGAACAUUCCAAACCUCUACAACACAAAACUAAAGGAAGUCAACGAGGGUAAUUUUUACCACCAACACAGAUAUAUAGAUAUAUUAAUAUCAAAUAAAAGUGCUUUAUUUCCUCCCUUACAGUCACUGGCUCUGCUGUGUCAAGCAUCCAAGCUACUUGUUGCACAUUUGAAUCAUUUUUUAUUUUUUAUUUUUUAAGAAUAAGUCCAAACUUGUCCAAUUCUUUUGAAAACGUACAGACAUGCUGGUUUAAAUAGUUCAAAAUCUUUUAACAUGUUUUGAACAUAUUAAGUUUAAAAUAAAUCAGCCAGUGUUCUAAGGCGCUCAACUUUGUCACAAGCUCUAAUUGACAGAUAAAACUACCAAAAUCACAGCAAGAGCCCAGCUGAACCAUGAGCUGAUGUCUGGUUCUUUUAUGCAUGCAUAUACAAGGUGAAUGUUGCUGCAACCAAAAGGCUAAUUUUUAAAAUAGUCCUGUAUCAGAAUCGUCACAGCUUUUUUCAUACAUUGUGUUAAUUAUAUACAAAUACAUUUGAUUUGAAAUUAUUAUUUUUUUCUGAUUUAAAAGCUAAGCCAUUCUGAGUAAAAAAAAAAUCUGACAUGUUCAGUGGUUAAGCAUGUUCUGUAUUUUUUUAUUCACAGUAUUGGGAGAUUAAAUGGUGGAUGAGAGCCUUCUAUUACUAUGCUUGCUUUUUGAUCCUGGCUGGUGUUUGGGCUUCACACAAGCAUUUCUCAUUUCCUUCAUAAAGCAAGGGAACCUUUCAGACUUUCAAUCUGUUGUGGACUUUUAUGGAAAUUAUUUACAUCUAUUUGUGUGCCAUUUUUGUUAGUCCUGCUUUUUUGUGUGGUUUUUUUUUUUUUGUUUUGUUUUUUUAGAAGUGAAAUGCAAUCUUAUAAUUGGAAAUUGGAAAUAUAUGACCUAUGAAUGAAUAAAGACAAUCACUAUUUGCCUGUACAAUGUCUGGAUUUUAAAUUCUGU